CAGAUUUCUCCAUUUAUUCAUUCCUCCAACAUGGAGGCGCUUGGGGGAUACCCCACCAAAUCAUCCGCCACAAGAGCACGACUUUUCAAAGUCUUACUAAGUGUCGCCGUGUGCAUGGGCUCACUGUAUCUAUUGCAGAGUAAACUAUCAAAGUCGCGAAAACAGAAAGAUUUCUACUCGUACGAAGUGAAGGACGCAAGAGGGAGGAAUGUCUCACUGGAGAAAUACAGGGGAAAAGUCUCUCUGGUUGUAAACGUGGCGAGUGGAAGCGAGUUAACGGAGCAGAAUUAUCGCGCUCUGCAAGAACUUCACCGAGAGCUCGGCACGUCGCAUUUCAACGUGCUCGCCUUUCCUUGCGCACAAUAUGGUGACACCGAAUCGGGUACCAGUCGAGAAAUUGAGGCUUUUGCAAAAUCCAACUAUGGUGUGACGUUUCCCAUCUUCAGCAAGAUCAAAAUAAUGGGGUCAGAGGCGGAGCCUGCCUUCAAAUUCAUCACAGAUUCAAUACAGAGAAUACCAAAAUGGAACUUCUGGAAGUUUCUUGUGAAUCCCGAGGGCCAGGUGGUGCAUUUUUGGAAGCCAGAGGAGCCCAUCGAGGACAUUCGAAAGGAAGCCACAACGCUUGUGCGGAAUAUCAUACUGAAGAAAAGACAGGAACUGUGAUGCGCACAAAUACUCAAAGUGAAUCCUCGAGUGUGCACGUUUAAGUGCGUUUAGAUCCUCGGUGGCAAAAUAUGGAGCCCUUUGCCUGUCGUGAUGUUAUCACUGAUAAUUGUUGAAACCGUUGUUUUGGUUAAAGUGAAUGAAACUGAAAGAAGACAUGUGUGAUGGUGUGUAAGGUCACUUAAGGGAUAGGUUACCCAAAAAUGAAAAUUCAGAAAAAGAGGUGUUAGGCAGAAUGACAGCCUCAGUCACCGUUCACUUUCAUUGCAUCUUGUUUCCAUACAAUGAAAGUGAAUGGUGACUAAGGCUAACAUUCAACUCAACAUCUCCUUUUGUGUUUCAUAAAAGCAUACAAGUCAUACGGGUUUGGAACAAUGGGAGGGUGAGUAAAUGAUGACAGGAUUUUCAUUUUUGGGUUAACUAUACCUUUAAGGCUGGUCUUUGAGUGCUUGGGUUUAUGUAUGAAUAAUUUUCUUGUGGUAGGAAGUAUGACUGAAAAAGAAAUCACCUCUUAAAUCUGCAUCUCAUUUAAGUCUUUUAGUAUUGUGAUCAAGCUGGAUGGUUUAGCAAUUCUGAAAGAAGCAAUAAUUUUGCAUAAUAUUUCAAACCACGUUUUGCAAGAAAGCCAUUGGACAAUCAUAAAUUAUAAACUUCAAUGGACAGUUCACCAUUUACUAAUUUAUCAUUUACUCACCAUCAUGACAUCCCAGAUGUGUAUGACUUUCUCUCUUCUGCUGAACACAAAUGAAGAUUUUUAGAGGAAUAUCUCAGCUCUGUAGGUCCAUACAAUGCAAGUGAAUGGUGACCAAAACUUUGAAGCUCCAAAAAGGAGAUAAAGUCAGCAUAAAAGUAAUCCAUAAGACCCCAGUGGUUUCAUCCAAGUCUUCGGAAGUUUUGAGUGAGAACAGACCAAAAUAAAACUCCUUUUUCACUAUACGUCUUGCCAUUGUAGAGCACUAGAUGGCACUAUAGGAAGUGUAAUCGAGCUUGAAAUCAUGAUCGCCAAGGAGACUGCUGUCCAGAUGUAUAGUAAAAAGGAGUUAUAUUUUGGUAUAUUUUGAGAUCAGAAGAAAUAACUGAAAGUAAUAUUUUAUAUCCUAUGUGUUAUGAUGUUAAAUGUUUCGUGAAAUAAAAGUCACAAUUGCAAGAAAGAAAGUUUAUAUCUUGCAAUUGGGAGUUUAUAUCUUAGAAUUGUGAGAUAUAAAAUCUCAAUUACUAGAAAUAAAGUCACAACUGGGAUAUAAAAAGACAGAAUUACCUUUUUUUAAGAUCAGAUCUGGCUUCCAUAGUUACCCCUGAGCAGGGCUGUAGCAAGGUCUUCUGGGCCCCCUGACUGUAUACUGCGCUGGGCCCCUUUCAAAAAUACAGUUUAGAAUUUUUUGGACCUACAGAGCUGAAAUAUUCUUCUAAAAAUCUUCAUCUGUGUUCAGCAGAAGAAAGAAAGUCAUACACAUCUGGGAUGGCAUGAGGGUGAGGAAAUAAUAAGAGAAUUUUCAUUUUUGGGUGAACUAUCCCUUUAAUAAUUAGACCUAUGCCAGUUAUCUGCUGUUGUUGUUAUUUCCUGAUCCUCUUUCAGGCUUUUGACAAAUUAAUAGUUUAAUUGAUCAAAACUUGUUGAGUUUUGCUUAGGAAAUUCACUGAAACUGAUAAUAUUUUGAAGCAUUUCUGUUUCUUAUAUAUACCUAAACAAACACUCUUAUAUUGUAUUUUUGUCCACUAGAUGGCAAAAUGGUUCAACAUGACAAAUCUCUCUAUAAGCACUGUGGAUGCGCUCAGUGUCAUAUUUGGUCCGGACGUUUGCUUGUCUAGGGUUUUGAGACAUUCAGUAAACUGUAGCAUUCGAAUUUGUAUAUUGUUGAUUUUGUCCGAUGUAAAGAGUAUACUUUUUUAUGUUUGAAUAAUUUGAUUUAUUCUACAUUAGCUGAGUGACAGAGGCAGAAAUGGAUUCACAAGAAGAGAGUCUUUGCAAAGAACAAAGCAAUAAGCUUGAUGUUCAUCUCUGCCAACUCUCAGCCUGCAGCAAUCACCUUCCCUGUACCAAUGUUUAACAGUUUUAGCCUGACCCAGCCUAUUAUCACACUGGGGGGAGGGGGACCUCAGUACCAAAUGUACCAAGUGUCCAGAUAAUUGGCAGCAUAAAUUCUUGGCCUUCAGUUCAGCCUGGUGGGGUUACCACUUCCUGACUGUGCUCUGACAUUUUGUGGGCUCACGGCUCACUUUGACAGCACAAAGAACUUCAAGUGCACGACUGGGCAUUAAACUCCAUGGGGAACAUGAUAAAUGAAAAUGAUAUGCAAAGUAUUUCCUUGUCAGUAUGUCAACGAAAAAAGCAAACAAGACAAUGUACCUCUGUUAUUCAGAGCUUAAACUCUAAAUAAUACAGGUACAUUUUAUUACUCAAAGAAACACUAUACUCAUAGCAGAAAAUAAUCUACAGUAAACACAAUAUCCAUCCUCUCAAGUUAUGAGUUUUUGUGUUAUCCACUCCAUAGUAACAAUCCUCAUUUCUAGAAAUGAA